AUGAGGUUUCCACGGAGCGUCCUGCCCAUCGUCGGUGCAGUGUCGGCUCUUUUCACACACGUCCAAGCGCGAUCCCAGGCUACAGAAGCCAUCCGCCAGCUUACGCCGGUCGACAAUGCGAUCAUUCGUACACCGGAACACCAAAUAGACCAUCUUUCACAUUUUGAUCUCACCUUCGAACUACACCGCGACGGAAAACGCAUAAAGCUGGAACUCGAGCCGAAUCAUGAUAUUCUUGCAGACGAUGCGUACGUGCAAUACAUUGGCGCUGACGGAUCGUGGGAGGGUGAACCCAUCCACCGACACGAACAUAAAGUCUUUCGCGGUCGCGCCCUGGUCGGCUCGGGCAAGGGACGAUGGACUCCAAGCGGCUGGGCUCGAGUUACUGUGAAACAGGACGGACCCGAGCCGCUGUUUGAGGGUGCGUUCAGCGUCGACGGCAAUAAACACCACAUCGAGCUGCAGUCUACCUACCUGGCGAAGAAGCGCCCGAUCGAUACCGAUAUCGAGCACCGAAGCGGCGACUACAUGAUUGUCUACCGGGACACUGACAUGCUCCGAUAUCACACCGAGCUCAAGCGGUCACUGGCCGACCACACAGGCUGCUCUGCGGAUCAGCUCGACUUCAAUGCCGACUUGACCAACUCGAUCUUUCCCUUUGGACUCGACCAGUCGGAUAGCCAAUGGGGGGUCACGCCACUGAAUUCAUUGUUUGGUCUCAGCAAGCGCCAAUCAAGUGAUAUUGGCGGUGUUUCAGGUAACACGGCCGGGGUGAACCUGAAGAACACGGUGGGCGACACAUCGGGAUGUCCCAAGACGAAGAAAGUCGCGUUGAUCGGCGUUGCCACGGAUUGUGAAAUGACCAACUACUUUAAGUCUAACUCUACCCCUAAGGACGCGGCCAAGGAGUGGGUCAUCAACCUAGUCAAUACUGCAUCCAGUCUUUACGAAGACUCUUUCAACGUAUCGAUUGGUCUGCGCAAUCUCACGGUGAAUGACCAAUCUUGUCCCACCACCGCCACAUCGACCCUGCCAUGGAAUAUUGGCUGCGAUGGCGGCAAUAUCACCUGGAGACUGAAUGAAUUCUCCAAGUGGCGCUCGGAAAACGCAGACAACAACGCCUACUGGACCCUGAUGACCGGCUGCCCGACAGGCCAGGAGGUUGGUGUUUCCUGGAUGGGCCGCCUAUGCACCUCCGAUCUCGUCAGCUCUGAAGGUAAUUCCGUGACGGGCGCGAAUGUCGUGGUCGGCAACCAAGGCUCUACUUGGCAGAUCUUUGCCCAUGAGUCAGGCCACACUUUUGGAGCAGUGCAUGACUGUGACUCGCAAACAUGUGCCGAAAAUCUGGAAGACUCGUCCCAGUGCUGCCCGCUGACCUCAUCAACCUGCGAUGCCGAUGCAAAAUACAUCAUGAACCCGUACGCUGCAGCGAGCAUGACUACCUUCUCCCAAUGUACCGUCGGUAAUAUCUGUUCUGCCAUUGGCCGCAACAGCAUCAAAUCGACCUGUCUCUCCGACAAUCGUGGGGUUGUCACCAUCAGCGGCAGCACCUGCGGCAACGGAAUCGUCGAGUCCGGCGAAGAUUGUGACUGCGGCGGCGAGCAGGGUUGCGGUGACAACUCUUGCUGCGAUGCGACAACAUGCAAGUACAAGAACAACGCUGUCUGCGAUGACUCCAACGACAGCUGCUGCAGCCAAUGCCAGUACACCUCCGCAGGCACCGUGUGCCGCUCAAGCACCAGCGUUUGCGACAUCGCUGAAACGUGCACCGGCAACUCCAGUGCCUGCCCAACUGACCAGUACAAAGAUGACGGCUCCUCCUGUGGCGACUCCGGCGCAGGUCUCCAAUGCGCCAGCGGCCAAUGCACGAGCCGCAACUACCAAUGCCGCUCGGUGAUGGGCACCCUGCUCAACAGCAACAACACCUGGGCUUGUGACAACACGCAAGCUCCGUCCUGCAGCCUGGUCUGCGGCGCACCCCCGGGCGUCACCGAGUAUCCUGCCGGCACCUGUAUCGAAAUGAACCAGAAUUAUCUGGACGGCACGCCGUGCGAUGCGGGCGGCAAAUGCUACGGCGGCCAGUGCAAGGGCUCUUCUGCCGCUGGCUGGAUUCGCGACCACAAGAACCUCGUGAUUGGCCUGUGUGUCGGCGUGGGCAGUCUCAUUGUUCUCAGUCUGCUCUACUGCCUCGUCAGCCGCUGCCGAAUGGCACUGGCUAGGCGCCGCAUAGCCAAGAACCGCCGUCCCCCACCUCCGAUGGGUCGGUACCCUGGCCCGAUGCCUGGCCCGAUGCCUGGGCGAGGACCCCCUCGCGGACCACCACCUGGUCCGCCCAUGAACCAGUGGUAUGGCUAUCCCAACGAUGGAUACCACAAUGUACCGCCGCCGCCGCCUCGGUACAGCUAG